AUGAGCGACCCCGUCGAGGUCAAGGCUUACGGUGGCGAUCACCACGUUGAGAAGGCCUACUCUCAAGUGGAAGAUGCCCACAACCUGGAUGAGAAGGCACUAGCUGCCCAAUACAAGGCGGCUGCGAUCGAGGCAGAGAACGUCGAGCAUGACAUGGGAGUGCUACAAGCUAUCCAGGCGUACCCCAUGGCUGCCUUGUGGGCAUUCAUCAUGUCUUGUACUAUUAUUAUGGAGGCCUACUGUGUCUUCCUCAUGGGUAACUUCAUCGCUUUACCUGCGUUCACGAAGCAAUACGGUGUGCCUGACGGUGAAAAAAUGAUUAUCGUUGCCAGUUGGCAAUCAGCGCUUCAAAUGGGUGGACCAGUUGGUGCAAUUAUCGGCGUCUGCCUGGCUGGUCCCCUUACCAGUCGUAUCGGAUAUCGUUGGGCGACAAUCACUGGUCUCAUGCUCCUGAACGUGUUCAUCUUUGUCUUUUACUUUGCCGAUUCGCUUCCGGUCAUGUUCGUCUCCCAACUUCUCGAGGGCAUUCCUUGGGGUAUCUUCAUCGCCAACGCACCGGCAUACUGCAGCGAGAUCACACCAAUCCAGCUGCGCGCCCCUGCUACCCAGAUGCUGCAAAUGUUCUGGGCUCUUGGCGCUAUCAUCGUGACCGGUGUAACUUAUUUCUACAACACUCUGGAUGAUGAAUCCGCGUACAGGAUCCCUAUUGCGCUUCAAUGGAUGUUCCCAACUCCACUCGCUAUUCUUCUCUGGAUGGCGCCCGAGUCGCCCUGGUGGUUGGUCCGCAAGGGACGUCUCGAAGAAGCCGAACAUGCGGUUGCUCGCUUGGGACGCGCGGCAACACUGAACGCCAGCGAGGCUGUCGCCAUGAUGCGCCGUACAAUCGACAUUGAGAAGACUGUCAAGGACCCUAACCACCUGGAGCUUUUCAAGGGCACCGAUCUGUACAGGACCCUCAUUGUGUGUGGCGUGUACGCGGCACAGAACCUUACGGGUAACCUCAUCGCCAACCAGGCCGUCUACUUUUUCGAGCAGGCUGGCAUGAAGACAAACACUGCAUUCGCCCUGGGUCUCAUCACCUCCGCUCUCCAGGCGGUCUUCGUCAUGCUUUCCUGGAUCCUCACCUCAUACCUUGGCCGACGUACCAUCUACGUCUGGGGUUCACUCAUCAACGUAGGCUUCCUGAUCGCUCUCGGUAUUGCAGCAUCUGUUGGCGCCUCGAACGCAGCUUCUCUGGCACAGGCGUCCUUGGGUCUCAUUGUCUCUGUCUUGUUCACACUGGGGCCUGCGCCCGCUUCGUGGGUCAUCAUCGGAGAGACGUCCUCCAUCCGCCUGAGGCCUCUAACCACGGGAAUCGGUCGCGCUUCAUACUACAUCGUUAACAUUCCUUGCAUUUUCCUCUCUAGUUACAUGCUCAACCCUAAGGAAGCAAACCUUGGCGGCAAGUGCGGUUAUGUCUGGGGUGGUACCGGUUUUGCUUGCUUUGUCGUGGCCUACUUCUUCUUGCCUGAGAUGAAGAACCGGUCCUACCGUGAGAUUGACAUCAUGUUCAAGCGCAAGAUCCCUGCUCGCAAAUGGAGCAAGACUGUCAUCGAUGUGCAGGACGACGAGUAG